CCUCCCCUCCCCCACCCUUGCUGGGGCCCCGGCGGCGCUGCCCAAUGAACGGCGGCGUUGCUGGCAGGUGGGGAGUGUUUUUGUUUUGGGUUGAAGUUGAGGCUGUGGGGAGAAAGGAGAGGAGACAGGGAGAGAAGAGAAGAGAAAAGAAGAGAAGAAGCGAACCAGUGACCAGCUGUGGUGGCUCUUUCCUGCGAGAGGUGGUGGAGGCCCCGUCGGAGUCGCCGCCGCCGCUAUCGCGGCCUCCUCUCUCCGAGCUGGUGCCCACUUCCCUUGCCCUCCCCGCUCCGGGCCGUUCCGGCCGUCUCUGCGGGCCCGGGCCAGGCUUUCCGUCUGCACGCCGCAGCGCCGGGUCGCGGCCGCGCCCGCCGUCCCCAUGAGGAGGGACAUGAACGGGGUGACCAAGAGCAGGUUUGAGAUGUUCUCAAACAAUGAUGAAGCUGUCAUCAAUAAAAAGCUUCCCAAAGAACUACUGUUAAGGAUUUUCUCUUUUUUGGAUGUUGUUACCUUGUGUCGUUGUGCUCAAGUCUCCAGGGCUUGGAAUGUUCUAGCUCUAGAUGGCAGCAACUGGCAGCGAAUUGACCUGUUUGAUUUCCAGAGGGAUAUUGAGGGCCGAGUAGUAGAAAAUAUUUCUAAAAGAUGUGGUGGUUUCUUACGAAAGUUAAGUCUACGUGGGUGUCUUGGAGUAGGAGACAAUGCAUUAAGGACCUUUGCACAAAACUGUAGGAAUAUUGAAGUCCUGAAUCUAAAUGGAUGUACAAAGACCACAGAUGCCACAUGUACCAGCCUUAGCAAGUUUUGUUCCAAACUCAGGCACCUUGACUUGGCUUCCUGUACAUCAAUAACCAACAUGUCUCUAAAAGCACUAAGCGAGGGAUGUCCACUGCUGGAACAACUGAACAUUUCGUGGUGUGACCAGGUGACCAAGGAUGGUAUCCAGGCUCUAGUGAGAGGCUGUGGAGGGCUCAAGGCCUUAUUUCUUAAAGGCUGCACACAGCUUGAGGAUGAAGCUCUCAAAUACAUUGGCACGCACUGUCCUGAACUGGUGACUUUAAAUCUGCAGACCUGUUUACAAAUCACAGAUGAUGGUCUUAUUACAAUAUGCAGAGGCUGCCACAAGUUACAGUCUCUCUGUGCCUCUGGCUGCUCCAACAUCACAGAUGCGAUCCUGAAUGCCCUUGGUCAAAACUGCCCUCGGCUUAGAAUAUUAGAAGUGGCAAGGUGUUCUCAGCUAACAGAUGUAGGCUUCACUACUUUGGCUAGGAAUUGCCAUGAACUUGAAAAAAUGGACCUUGAAGAAUGUGUUCAGAUAACAGAUAGCACAUUAAUUCAACUCUCUAUACACUGUCCAAGACUUCAGGUGUUGAGUCUGUCUCAUUGUGAGCUGAUUACGGAUGAUGGAAUCCGUCACCUGGGGAAUGGGGCCUGUGCCCAUGACCAGCUGGAGGUGAUUGAGCUGGACAACUGUCCGCUUAUCACAGAUGCAUCCCUGGAGCACCUGAAGAGCUGCCACAGCCUUGAGAGGAUAGAACUGUAUGAUUGUCAGCAAAUCACACGGGCUGGAAUCAAGAGACUCAGGACCCAUUUACCCAAUAUAAAAGUUCAUGCCUACUUUGCACCUGUCACUCCGCCUCCAUCAGUAGGGGGCAGCAGACAACGCUUCUGCAGAUGCUGCAUCAUUCUAUGA